AUGAAUCCUCGUUACAACCUCAUCUACGUCGUCGGCCCUACACCUGGGCCCGUGCACUCAUAUUGCCUCAUACACGAUACUUGGCUUUUACCGCACCGAAGAAGAAUGCUUACCGAGGGAAACACUCCCCCCAUGCCUACGUGGCAACCGGAUGUUGAUUCCGAAGGGCUUAUAUAUCCUUAUGGAGAUUCGCGGAACAUUCCACUUUGUAACGAAAAUGACUUUGCCGAGGAUGUAUACCAUGACUCAAUUCUGCCUUACAGUUCUUCACUAAUAACCUAUAACUAA